AGAAAGUGAGGCCACACCAUCAUCUCUCCCUUGGCUUGCUCCCGAAUAGGAGAAAAGCGAGGACUCAGAAUCCUCUUCUUCCUCCUCCCUUCCAAGUCAUUUCUCUUCAGCUAGUUAUUCACCUUCUUUCCUUCUGACUCCCCCAGACCCCCACAGACAUAUGCAUGCAUCUCCCUGCUUCUUCUCCAUCCAUCCAUUCAUCCAUACAUGCAGCCAUGGUGCAGUCGGUGAUUGAGAUAUGAGAUGCACCAGCACGAUCGAUGACCAUGGUCCCAACAACUAGGAACCUGUUGCACCAUGACGGCGUCAAGAGCAGCCGCGGCAGGUCGUGCUACCACCCCGGCCAGUACUACGUCGGCAUCGCCGCCCAGUUGGAGGACCAGAGCAGCAAUCCGUCAACAAGAUUCCCUCGGCCGCUGGCGACUAUGGUAGUAGACGAUGACGAGGCUGCUGCGGCGGGGACGAGGAGCUCGAGCUCCCCGGGCGCCGCCGCCGCCGCAGGAAACGACGACGAAGAAGGAGACUGCUGGCUCCAGCUAGGCCUCGCCGCCGCGUCGUCGUCGGCCUCCUCCUCCUCCUCCGGCGACAACAACAUCACGGCUCCGGAUCCGGGUCCGGCGCCCCCGCCUCCUGUGGAGGAGGGGCUGUACCUUUUGGCGUACGACAACAAGCGGAACGCGAGUGCGAGGCCGCCGCCGUUGUUCCCGCUGCCGCUUCGGAGCUACCACGUCGACCAGUCCUACGGCGGCGACCGCGGACGGUAUCGACCGGCGGCGGAAGCUAGCGGGUCGGCCAUGUCGGCGCCGCUGGCGCCUCCUCCUCCGUUCAUCAGGUGCUCCGGCGGCGCUGCCAUAAGAGUCGUUAGCCCGCCGCGGCGAACGGAGGCGCCCGGCGGGCUGUGGCUGACGCUUCGAGCAGCUCCCAACCAAAUCAGAGAGCCUGUUUUGCCCCAGAUAGCAAAGAGCUACCUACGAAUCAAGGACAGCAACGUGACGGUGGCGGUGGUGAUGAAGUACUUGGCCGACAAGCUAGGGAUCACGCCGUCUCAUCAGGUGGAGCUGACAUGCAGAGGGCAGGUUCUUCGUCCCUUGCUGCCGCUGAAAUACGUGAGAGAGACAAUCUGGUGCUCCACGGCGCCGCCCAGGGAACGAGAAGAGACACCACCAGCAGCCGCCCUGCUGACUUCGCGGCGCUCAUCGGCUGCUACUGACCAUGUCAUGACACUCUGCUACAGCACAAGUAGGAACAGCAAGCUAGCACCACUAAAUCUGUAAUUAACUGACCUUAUUGGCCGACAGGCUCUGUGUGCAGUGGCUAACUAAUGCGAUGCUUGGACGUCCUGUGAUACUAAUAAUUAACCGACC